CCCUCUCGAGCCGAGGCGCGGGGAAUCCGUGGCCAGCGCGCGCCAGCAGCGCGGGGUCUUUGUUGUGACAGAGUGACGGAUGCGGCGUGGGCUUUGCGUGACUGCAACACUUCGAGAGUCGAUCAGGGAGGCCAGCCUGGACCGCAGCCCGGACACUGCGCGGUGGGGAGUCCCCCCCGAAAGAGAGACGGCUAAUCUCGAUAUAAAAUAAUCACAUCAGGGUCUGAUGUAUCGACAGGAAACCCUUGCCUCACACGUACACCCUUGAAGUGCUUCGUUCGUCCUUGUCUUGCAUUUGUGACCCCCCCUCCCCCCGCUCACUCUCUCUCCACCCCCCCUCAGCAUCAUAGCGGCGGAGCGCACGAGCGCCUGGCUCCCGUGCGGGUGCGCAUUGAGCCGCGCGGUCCAUGUGCUCUCGCGUGCUAGUUGAUCCGGGCUGGCGCGUGGAUGUGUCUGUGCUCGAAGGAGGACCUUACCGAACCCGAGUCCAAAUACAUGCAGCAACCUCUUCAAUCCUCGUUUUCCUUCAUGAUCAGAACCAUUUUUCUUUACGUUAUCAGAAAUGAAAUAGAGCAAAGGAAUUCGUGUUCACCUAAGCCUAACUGGCAGUGGGAUUAAGCGCGCUGCAGCGCCCCGACACCUGCGGCAGGAUGUAGCGGGACUCCGGCUGGGAGCAGGCGGAGAACUACGCCCUGGCUGAGACCACAGCAGGAAAGGAAGAAGCAGAUCAGACAGACCGCAGUGCUGUUUCCAGAGACACCGGAGGGGAACUGAGGCACUCAGGUGUGCUGGGUGACAGUCCAAUCACUUGUGAUUUUGGCUCUGCAGCUGGAGGCUGAAGGUGCUGGCGGAAGAACAUUGGUAGCUGUUGCUAUGUUUCAGGAAGCAGCAGGGUUACAGCCAUGGAAACAGACAGCUACAACGAGCUCCUGGAGACAACGGAUGGUACCAGUGGGCCAAACACGGGCUGGUACCUCCCCUAUCCUGUCAGCUUCCAGGUGUCUCUCACCAGCUUCUUGAUGUUGGAGCUGGUGCUGGGAUUCAGCAGCAACCUGACAGUCCUGGUUCUGUAUUGUGUGCAAUCCAACCUGGUGGACUCAGUCAGCAACAUGGUGACCGUGAACCUCCACGUGCUUGACAUCAUUGUGUGUGUGGUGUGUGUGCCGCUCACUAUCGUUAUCAUCUUGAUCCCUCUGGAGAGAGACAUUGCUCUGGUCUGCUGCUUUCAUGAGGCUUGUGUCACCUUCACCAGCAUCGCCACUGCUGUCAACGUCCUGGUCAUCAGCAUGGAUCGAUAUGACAUAUCUGUGCGCCCGGCCAACCGCAUACUGACCCCAAGCCGUGCCGCCAUGCUGCUGACUGGGGUUUGGGGUAUUUCACUGGUGGUCUUUUUCAUUCCCUUCUUUGAGGUGGAGUUCUUCGGGGGGCGUGCGACAGACCAUGCCUCCACCUGGCGGAACCGAACACUGCUGUGUGUUGGUGGCCAAGGCUACCACACUGAACUGGGCAUGUAUUACCACCUGCUAAUCCAGGUGCCCAUCUUCUUUGCAGCUGUAGUAGUCAUGCUAGUCACUUACUCAAAGAUCCUGCAGGCCCUCAACAUUCGUAUUGGUUCGCACUUCAAGAGGAGCCAGCGCCGCAAGGGCUCAGGCUGCACUGGAAAGGGCAGGAGGAGGAAGAGAAGGAAGGGGGUGGGAGGAGGAGGGGGGGGCGGUGGGCUGUCCAGUGAGACAAAGCGGCUCUCUCAGCCACCUCUCAUACCCACGCCUUCCCCAACCCCUACCUCCCCCCAGCCACCACCCCUGACACCCACCGUGGCCCAGCCACAAACCCAUCUGGCUGCUGCUGCUGCUGCCGACGGAGAGGGGGUUGGGCUGGGGCUGGGACUGGGGAUGGGGGAAGGAGGGGCAGCAGCAGCAGCAGCCGCUGCCAUGGGUGUCCAGGCCUCUGUGUCAGCCAUCAUCGCCCUGCGCCGUGCCGUGAGACGGCACAGGGAUCGCCGCGAGCGGCAGAGAAGAGUCUUCAAGAUGUCACUCAUUAUCAUCUCCACCUUCCUGGGUUGCUGGGCGCCAAUCUCUGUGGUGAAUGUGCUGAUCCUGUGCAUGGGUCCUAGCGAUUGGCUGGUCAGGCUUCGGAUCUGCUUCCUGGCCAUGGCAUACGGCACCACCAUCUUCCAUCCUCUGUUGUAUGCCUUUACACGCCAGAAGCUACGCAAAGUGCUGAAGAGUAAAGUGAAGAAGAGGGUGGUCUCAUUGCUGCAGGUGGACCCAGCUCCCAGCGGCACUGUCAUACACAAUUCCUGGGUGGAACCACGGAAAGGGCGCAAGGUCAGGCUGGAGUGCAGUGAUGCCACUGACCGCUGCCUAACAGAGGCUGUGAGAGAGUGAGAGAGAUCCGAGUUCCCGAGGGAGGGCAGGGGGAAAUAGAGGGGAAAGCCUGGGAGUAAGCAAGUUAGAUGGAGGGAAGGAGUUAGUGAGACAGACAUGAAGGCUUACAACCAGUUGUAAGAGGCAGUAAACAUAAGCUGUACCCUUUUGUAUUCAUCACGUUUAAAUCCAGCAACAAUUCUAGUGAAUCUACAUGAUCAACCAUAAGAUAUUUUUUAUUUUUUAAAUAAUGAUUUUUUAAUUAAGUAUAAUAUUUAAAUAUUUAAAAUGUCUUCCAGAAGUACCUGCACUCUUUCAAAUGAGAAAAUGAAAAAAUUAAAAUGAUGAAUCAUUGGCCUGUUCUUACAGUCAUAAUUAGCAUGAUCCUGGUGUACUUCUCUUAAAAAUACAGUGAACUCUGUGUGCCAGAAGAUGCUUGGACUACUCUAGACUGCCCCAUUAGGUUAACGUUAAUUUCUACAAGCCAGAGAUGCUAUUAUUUUAUUGACUACUUGUAAAUUAAACAAACACAUAAUGACUUUAAAAAGGACCUCUGCAUGUUAAACUCUGUUAGAUAUCAAGCUAUCAAGUAAACCAAUGAGUAUUCCGCAGUUGUAUUGCUGUCCUCCAUAUGUACUGUAUAUCUCCCUUGCACAGUUAAGAGUUAUAUUUUGUGGUGAUUCUCCAUUAUGUCAGGACAGUUGUCCUUUGUCCAGUGAGAGCUGGCCACAAGUGAAAAAUCACUUCUUCAAGCCUCCCUUCUGGGCUCCAGUGUGGUCACCGAUUCAAAGUGUUUUUAAUGCCCAAGCUAGAAGAUAUAUACUUUAUUGAUCCCGUGAGGGAAAUUGCAGAAGGUCAUUACAGUAGUCCACUCUAGAUUAAACAAAAUAAUGCAGUUUCCCUGCAGUAGGCAUGAAUAGUACAGGAUGUAACUAAGCGAUAUUACUAAAAUAGAAGAAUAAUAAUAUGGAGUGGGAGAAAAUUAGAAAAUAAGCAGAAAACAGAAGGAGAAACAAUGAGGCUCAGCGAGUGACCGAAUGAAUGAACAAUUACAAAUACUGCCAGAUGAUCUGCUUUUAGAUUAGGUUUCUCCAGUUCUUGUAAUGAAGAUCUACAGGUACUUCUGGUUGUUACUAGAACACACUUCUCAGUUACUUUAAUUAUUGUGGAAAAGUGCUGUACUUUACGAUUUUAGGGUUUAAAAUAGUAAAAUAAUAAUUUACACCAAAUCCCAAAAUUAUAUCAAACCAGUUUUAUUUGACAAAUAAAAAAUCUCUUUUGUCAUUAUUGUAAAAAAAAAUCAGCUAACAUUCAAUAUCUUUGUGUGAAAAAAUAAGUUCACCCCUGGAUUUAGUAACUUGUGGCAUGUCUUGCAUCAAUAACUUUAAAUACAUUUUUCUCCUUUUCAGAGUUGAUCGGUCUCUCACAUUACCUGGAAGGAAUUCUGUCCCACUCUUACAGAACUACUUCAGCUCUGUGAUGUUCAAGGGCUUUCUUGUAUGCACAGCUCUCUUUAGAUUCUGCCACAACAUCUCUGUAAGGCUUAUGUCUACACUGCAAUUUGACCAUUCCAAAAUCCUGAAUUUCUUCAGAGAAAUUCAUUUAGAUUUGUGUGUUUGAAAUCAUUGUCUUUUUGCAUGAUUCAUUUUCAGUUUAGCUUUAUCUAUCAGACAUUUUCCUCUCGGAUACUCUGGUGUAGUGUAGUAUUCAUUCUAGACUCAACGAUAGCAAGGCAUCCAGUCUUGAGGCAGCAAAGAAGGGCCAAACCACCUCCCCAGCACCACCAUGCUUGAUGGUUGGUAUGGGGUUCUUCUGGUCAGAGACAGUGUUUGGUUUUCACCAAACAUGACAUUCUGUAUGAUGGCCAAACAACUCCACUUCUGACUCAUCUGUACAGAACACAUUGUUCCAUAAGUCUUGUUUUUCAUUCAAGUGCUGUUUUGCAGACUUAUGGUGUUCUUCUUGAAAAACAGGGGCUUCCUCAUGGAUAUCCUUACAUGAAAGCAGUUAUUAUUUCUUAUUCAGUCUUUUCCUGAUUGUAGCCUCAUGAACUCUGACAUUCAACAUUGCAAGAGAGGCCUGUAGAUCCCUGUGUGUAGCCCCGGGGUUCUUUGAAGCAUCUAAGAACUUAAUAUAGUCAGAUUUUGGAGAGGAUUUGGUAGGACUGGCACUACUUGGUAGAUUGGUAACAGACUUGAAUUAUUUCCAUUUGUCUUAUCUUUCUUACCAUAGAACAAAGGGCUUGGAAAAGGUUGGAAAUGGCUAGUAGCCAAACUGGUAAGAAGCAAUAAUUUUCUCAGAGACUGUAACAAGUUUCUUUUGAUCUGGACAUGAUGUGUUACCACAAACCCGAGUGGACCAAACUGACAAAGUUUCCUGAUGAUCAGGUAAUCAUUUGCACAUCUUCUUGUUGCACCUGAUUCUACAUACUUCUUAAUUGAGAUAGUUGAACUAACAUUUUUUCACACACAGAUAUUGAAUGCUGGCUGAUUUUUUAAAAAUAAAUAAUGCAAAAGUAGACUUUUGUGUGUUAUAUGUCAAAUAAGGUUUUAUGUACUAUUGGCGAGGACUAGGUAAAGGUCAAAUACGUCUAAAUAUAUUAAACCAUAAACUCUUAAGGUAGUGUACUAGGUUUUAUUAACACACUCUACCUGAACUAAUAACUGUUCUGGUUUAUUUAUUUUGGUUUAGAAAGCCUUUUGCUGCUGGCUUGAGGCCCCUACACAGCCCACAGCCUGCAAUGGGAGCUUGAGCUCGUCUGGAGAUCACUGCUGUUGCUGUUGCCCUCUCCAGAGCCACAGCCCAGUUGUGAACUUCUCUCCACAGGUAUUAAGUUGUAGUUAAGAGAUUAUUAUAGUUAUUAAAACUAAGUUAAAUUAAAAUUUAAUUUAAAAGAUCAAGAAAACCUGUUGGACUGAGGUGCAGGAUCCCCCUUCUCUCUCGGUGAAGACAAGCCUGGCCUCUCAGUAAAUGCCUCUCUGUGAUCUAAGAUCAUUGCACUGAAAUACAGCACUGGAUCUGAUGGUAUUACAAACUCAAAGAAGAAGAAAAAAAUGCGGAAAAAGCUGACACUCUGAGACCCUCCUGUGGACACUUAUGAUCAGUCAUGUGUUGGCAGCAAUACAAUUUUACAAAAUUAAGGAAGCAAAAAAUACUAAAGGAUAUUUCAGGUUCCUUUUUUGGUGUACUUUAACUUAUGUGGUGUACAGUAGUGGUUUUAUUUUAUUAUGGGAAAAGAAAAAUGGAAUGGUGCAUUUGUUGGAGGUGGUAGGGGAUUUAUGGAGCAUUAAUGAAGACUGAAAUGAAAUAAUGAAAUGAUGGGACUGAAAUGAAAUGCAUGGACCUGUAACUUCUUGGCCACUGGACAGAAUUGUGCAGACAGUUACCAGUCUGCUACUCCAUACAUGCAGGACUUACCAGCUUUUUACUGAUCUGCACAAACCAUCCACAGCAGGCAUGGACAUAACCAGAACUAUUUCACCACCAAAAACCUUUUUGAAAAGUAUAUAGUUUUUCUUAAAAUGAUGUGAUCUCCUGCCUGUGAGUAGAAUGAAACUGUAGAGGUUGUGAACUGUGAAUGUGCUGCACUACUGUAACUGUGAUGUGGAGAUAUACACAGAUCAAUAAAUAUAUAUGCACAUAGAUAUCUGUGUAUGUCUUAUUUAUAUAUACAUGUACUGUAUAUAUUCAUGUAUAAUAUUUAUAUUGUUUUUGUGUAUUUAUAGAUGAGAAACAUGAAGUCUUGAUUAAA